UGUGGGAAUGGGCAGUGGGUGGGAGACGGAUGGAUGUGUGUUGGGCAGAAAGCGCGUGUGUGCGGGUGAGGUAUGAGUGAUAAAAGUGCAGCUGUACAGCGGGCAGAAGAGGAAUAUCAGGCCGGGUUGGAGGUGGGCUUUCCGGCUGCAGUGAAGCGAUGGCUGCAGGCUGCUGGAGACUCUGUGUGUCUCUCUGGGUUUUCUGCUUUCUGCUCGUCCACACACACUGUCACACGUGUAGCCACAAAGUGCCCUCGCCUUCAGAGGUGAUACAUGAUGUCUACCUGAAACCAGGGAGGCUGACAAAAAGAAGCACUGAAAAGCAGUUAAAGAUACAAAUUGUUUAUGACUUCAGUUUGGAAGUGCUAGAUGAGGACAAGAGCAGUCUAGUGAAGGACAAACUCUUCCCACAAGCUAUUGAUUAUCUCCAGAGAGCUUUCAGGGUGCGUAGGCAGGCAGGUCCUGUGUUAUUAAGCAGACAAUGCGCAACAAACCAAUAUCUGCGGAAAAAAGACGAGCCCCAUCGCUAUUGCCAAGAAGCUUGUGCGAAUAUCACAAAAUGCGGACCGGUUAUCGUGCCGGAGCAGCAUUUACAGCAAUGCAGAGUGUGCAGCGACACGUGGAAAUUAUGUGGGCCACACGGACCUCCAGAUGGUGAGGGUAUUGAAGGGGCAGAUUUUGUCCUGUAUGUGAGCGGGGUGACCACAGAGCGCUGCGGCCAAGAAAACAUUGUGGCCUAUGCGGCAUACUGCCAACUGGAGGCAGAACUAGACAGGCCCAUUGCAGGAUAUGCAAAUUUGUGUCCAAGUAUGAUCUCAACCCAACCCCAAGAGUUUGAGGGCAUGUUGUCCACUGUCAAGCACGAGAUCAUGCAUGCCUUGGGUUUUUCAGCUGGGCUCUUCGCCUUUUACCACGACGACGACGGGAAACCUCUGACUCCACGCUUUGCAAGUGGCUUACCAGCCUUUAAUGAAAGUUUGGGCCUAUAUCAAUGGAGUGAAAAAGUCAUAAAGAGCGCGACACGAUUAUGGGACAUCCGUGGAGGUCACAUGAUUCGACACGAGGUCCAUCUAAUGGUCACACCACGGGUUGUAGAAGAAGCUCGGAGACAUUUUAAAUGCCCUAUUCUCGAGGGCAUGGAGCUGGAAAACCAAGGCGGCAUGGGCACAGAGCUGAAUCACUGGGAAAAACGCUUACUAGAGAACGAAGCGAUGACUGGGUCUCAUACACAGAACAGAGUUUUUUCCAGGAUAACGCUGGCUAUAAUGGAAGACACAGGGUGGUACAGAGCUAAUUACAGCAUGGCUGAAGACUUAGAAUGGGGCAAAGGUUUGGGCUGUGACUUUGUGAUGAAAAGCUGCAAAUUCUGGAUUGACCAGCAACGCAAAAUGAAGCCCACGGUGAGCCCAUACUGUGACUCUGUACGAGGCAUGCCCCUACAGCUCUCCUGCAGGCAGGACCUGCUAGCUGUGGCUGUAUGCAAUCUGCAGAAGUAUCUUCAGCCUUUGCCUCAAGAAUAUCAGUAUUUUGAUCGUAUAGCCGGAGUGGCUGAAGGAGAUUUGCCCUUUUAUGGAGGUUCAGUGGAGAUUGCAGACUUUUGCCCCUUCAGUCAGGAGUUCAGCUGGCAUCUGAGUGGAGAGUACCAACGCAGCUCCUUCUGCAGAAUUCAGGAAAACCAGCCAGACUCGUGGAGGAAUUAUGCGGCUGAAGAAUACGGUCCUGACUCUGUGUGUCUGUACCAGAAGUCAGCCUUUGUAAUGGAACAGUGCAAUAAGCGCAUGACUUACCCAGACUGGGGAAGUGGCUGCUAUAAGACAUCGUGCUCAAAAGAGGGUUUACAGGUAUGGCUGCAGGAUCAGAGUUUCCUGUGUGUACAUGCUGGCCAGGUGCUUAAUGUGAACGUGAGGAUGAAUGGGUGGGUGUACAGUGGGCAGCUGAUCUGUCCUGCCUGCUCAAACUUCUGCAGCCACUGUCCUCUUUCUCACGAGCUCCCACCAAUCAACACUACUCGCACUGUUCGGAUAGACCCAUGCUCCAGCUCUUCUGGCUUGGUGGUGACAUUGUGGCGGCUCCUGCUCAACCUUAUUCCACUGCUGGUGGGCUGCAUGCUGUGUGUGAGGAAUUAAAAUUGGUCAGUUUUGAUGGGGUGUAUGAAGGUGGGAUGUGGGCAACCUUCUGCCUCAGGCCUGCUGCUGAGAUUCUUAUAUUUGCAGGGAAAGCAGAGUUAACGUAUCUCUGUACCACCGUCUCUCUCCUGCGAACAUGAAGGCCGCAGUUAAAGUCGGAUGGAAAAAGCCAUGAACUGCGCCGUCUUGAUAUCAAGUGCCAGUCAGCCGUAUUUAAGACCAGAAGCCAUAGUCGUCCAGGCAGGCGUGCAGCAGGUGACCUUCAAAAAUGCUGGUGCUAAUUUUUGUCGAGUUCUACAUAUCUCCGGUGGACCUGUAGCGUUUUUAUUUUCCCCCAGAGUGAAUGUUUAUAAUGGCCAGUGCGUAUUAGUUGUGGAUCAGUGAAUGUGGAUGUGUGUCGUGUGUCUAUAUGAAGUGGCUCAGACAAAUCCAGGAGAAACCUCUUUAAGGUGAAAUGUCCAAGCUCUACAUUUAAUGGAAUUGUUUGUUUGAAUUGAAUUGGCAUGUACUGUGAGAAAAGAAGAAAGAAAAAAAAAUCUUAAGUAGCUCAUGCUUUCUCUUUUUAUAGAGAUAUUUACUAAGAGGUUUUGAUAUUUAUUUAAGGAAAACAGUGUAUUAAACUGUGUCCGAUGCUUUCAAAUUGUACAUUUUGAUCAGACUUGACAGAAUGAUUUAAUAUAACAACUGCUGCACUAAUCUGAAAACCCAAUAGCGAUGCACUAGGUCAGUUUUGCAGUGUUUUCAUGCACAUUUGUAAUUCCCUGUUAGUACUGGUUUUAAUUUUUUUUUUUUUUUUUUUUAACCUUAAAUGUCUAGUUAUUAAUGUCUGAUGUGUGUCUAAACGUGUUAUUAUUUUCACUUUCAGUCCAAAAUGGCAUUGCUGUUAUAAUCAUUCUAUCACAUAAAAGACCAGUUCUCAGCUUGAAAGUUUGGGGCAUGUAAGGUUUUUUUUAUAUUUUCUCAUAAGUAGUUAAAAUAUUUAGCUUUUUAUUAUUUGUCAUAAUGUGUUGAACGGCCCAGCACAUCGUACGCUGAGUUUAUAGCUUGUCUUUUAAACUGCUGUACCAGACUCUGGUUGUUCUUAAUGAAGAAUUAUUUUAUUUUUUUUAUUUUUUUAUUUUUAUUUAGAUUCUAACCAUACAGUUUGCAUAAAACCUGAGCAACUGCCAGAUAUCUGACAUUGGGUGAAGACAUAACACUGUGCAAAAGCAUUUAAUCAUUUGUAGAAAUGUCAGAUUACAAAUUUGAACGAUUAUUUUCAUGAGAAUCUGCAUUUUUUCCCCUGUGAACAGAAUGUUAGUGUUGAAGAUGAGAAUAAAAGUAUCAGUAGUCUUUAUAUUA